UCAUAUAAUCACAGCCUUUUAAACAGUUUCUGUUCGAAGUCUUUCAGGUUCGAAAAUAGACACAAACCUAAGCUCGUGAGCUCUUGUCCCCUUCGAGAGACUCUCAAAUCAGAGUGCUUCUCAGAUCGUUCAAAAUUUUCAAUUUUUGUUGUCAUUUCCUAUCUGGGUAUCAGAUUGUUCAAAUUCAAAGAUGAAGAUUGGGUUACAGAAAUUUGCUGUGUUAGUAUUGCUGGCACUCUUGUCAAGCCUGCAAACUGUGUUUGGCAUUAGGUUUGUGAUUGAUAGGGAAGAGUGCUUCUCUCACAAUAUUGAAUAUGAAGGGGAUACGCUGCAUAUUUCUUUCGUUGUAAUUAAGGUUGACGGAGCUUGGCAUUAUACUCACGAUGGUGUAGAUCUUGUGGUGAAAGGACCUUCUGGUGAACAGUUACAUGAUUUUCGUGACAAGACAAGUGAGAAGAUUGAGUUUGUGGCUCAAAAUAAAGGAAUCCACCGUUUUUGCUUCACUAAUAAAUCUCCCUAUCAUGAGACAGUAGACUUUGAUGUACAUGUUAGCCAUUUUUCAUACUACGACCAGCAUGCAAAAGAUGAGCAUUUUAAUCCUUUGUUAGAUCAAAUAUCAAAGUUGGAGGAAGCUCUUUACAACAUUCAGUUUGAACAGCAUUGGCUGGAGGCUCAGACUGAACGCCAGGCAAUAGUAAAUGAUGCAAUGGGUCGGAGGGCUGUUCACAAAGCCUUUUUUGAAUCAGCAGCACUUGUUGGUGCCAGCAUUCUCCAAGUUUACCUUCUGCGCCGCCUCUUUGAACGGAAGCUUGGGAUGUCCAGAGUUUAAAUAUGGAAUUGCUAUUGAAUAUUUAUCAUAAGUUAUCAGUUGUAGAAUUUCAAAGUCAGACUCUUGCCUGAAGCUUUUGUUUUCCUUUUUCUUAGUAACCAAGGAGAAAAAACAUACAUAGAAACCAAUUUGCUAACUCUCUGGCAACCUUUCCUUCGAGUAAUGAUUUUCAUGAGGCACAAAUACAUGCAUUUCAGCCCAACCCGUGGAUCUAUAUUAGAUUAGCUGCCAAUUUGACCAGUCUAUGCACCAGAGGCCAUCCUCAGCCACUGGAUGCAACCAUAUUCAUUGGCUACAUUGUACCGUUCAUUGUUGCACUAGGCUAGUAUGUGCCUGGCAACAAUGACGCAUAGAAAUAACAUGGCAGUAGAAAUGCAUGGCUCAUCAUUUAGUAACAUCAAAUAUUAUGCGAAUUUGAAGCAGUUUUAAGGGCAUUA